AUGAAAUAUUCCACCAUCAUCAUUGCUUUAGCUUUAUUAUUUGCUAUCGUUGAUGCAAGGAUUGGUCAAGAACACAACAAUGCUAUAAAAAGGUUGUUUAAAUUUAAACCCGGUGAUGGCGACAUUGACGGGCAUCUUGAUGAUCUUUCGGGAGGGUGUAAUGAUGCUUUGUUGAAUAACGCUCCUCCUUGCGGCAUUCAAGAUUAUUGUGACCAAAUGAUCGAUGUUGCAUAUCAUUUAGCUCAAUCUGAAAAAAACACCCCGGAACCCGGUCUAAGAUCCCUUAUCUGUAAAAAAGAACCUAGGCAUUUUGAACUUAAAGGAUUACACUUUAAACAAGAUCCUACUAAAAGUUCCGAAAACAAAAAGCCACCCUUUAAACCAGAUGAGUUUAGUACAUUGAGAC